GCAGACGCUGAAGUUAGUAGACAUGGCAGCCGGCGGAACUGUUUGCAAAGCCUAGUGACAAAUCAAAGCCAGCGUGUGGCGCGCGCCAGCCACCCCCCACGGGGUGAGGAAAUGGCUCUCACGUGAGGGAGGCGGCAGCUCCAGGACUCCCAGCCCGCUCCCUGCCGGGGGAGGGAACGCCACACGCAGCCGCCGCCAACGCCCCGGCGCUCCCGAGCUCUGAGCCCCGGCGCUGCCCAGCCGGAAGACAAUGCCCACCAGUUUCACGGUAGUGCCAGUGGAGGGGCAGGAGCCGCAGCCCAGCCGGCCACUGGAGGAGCCGAGCCAGCAGCUGGCGGAGUGCAGGUCCGGGGAGCCGGGAGAUGGGAUUCCGAAGGAAAAUAGUCCAUUUAUUAACAGUGCCGAGAUGGACCAAGGAAAUAGCUAUGAAGGGAAAAAUAUGGCUCUCUUUGAGGAAGAAAUGGAUAGCAACCCCAUGGUGUCAUCUCUUCUUAAUAAGAUAGCAAAUUAUACCAAUCUAACUCAGGGAGUGGUAGAACAUGAAGCAGAUGAAGACAGCAAACGAAAAGAAAUCAAGGCUCCACGUAUGGGCACUUUUAUUGGUGUGUACCUUCCCUGCUUGCAAAACAUUUUGGGAGUCAUUCUUUUCCUACGUUUGACGUGGAUUGUUGGAACAUCUGGAGUUCUUGAAUCUUUCAUCAUUGUGUUCAUGUGCUGUGCUUGUACUAUGCUGACUGCAAUUUCAAUGAGCGCAAUAGCAACAAAUGGCGUAGUUCCAGCUGGUGGCUCUUACUACAUGAUUUCAAGAUCUUUAGGGCCAGAGUUUGGCGGAGCAGUGGGACUCUGUUUUUACUUGGGUACAACUUUUGCAGGAGCGAUGUAUAUUCUUGGUACCAUUGAAAUUUUGUUGACAUAUAUUUCUCCCAGUGCUGCUAUAUUUAAAGCAGAAGAUGCUGAUGGAGAAACAGAGGCUAUGUUAAACAACAUGAGAGUUUAUGGGACGUGUAUUAUCGCUCUGAUGGCCAUAGUAGUCUUUGUAGGAGUUAAAUAUGUCAACAAACUUGCACUGGUCUUCCUGUCUUGUGUGAUUCUUUCCAUCUUUGCCAUUUAUGCUGGCGUUAUUAAAACUGCUUUUGACCCACCAGACUUUCCUAUUUGUCUUCUUGGAAACCGUACAUUGUCAAGACACAACUUUGAUAUUUGUGCCAAAUCUAUUGAGGUAAACAAUGAAACAGUGACAACGAAGCUGUGGAGUCUCUUCUGUGAUAGUCUCUCACUUAAUGCCACAUGUGAUGAAUACUUUAACCUAAAUAACGUGACAGAAAUUCAAGGGAUUCCUGGAAUUGCUAGUGGAGUUCUAAUUGAUAACCUGUGGAGUGCCUAUACAGACAAAGGAUCAAUUGUUGAAAAAAAGGGUCACCCAUCAGUUGCUGGAACAGAAGAGACAAAAGUUGGAGGACUCCCAUAUGUUUUUACAGACAUUAUGACCUAUUUCACAAUGCUAGUAGGGAUUUAUUUCCCAUCUGUGACAGGUAUUAUGGCAGGAUCAAACAGAUCUGGAGACCUUAGGGAUGCUCAGAAAUCUAUUCCUACUGGAACAAUUUUGGCUAUUUCAACUACAUCCUUUAUCUAUCUAUCCUGCAUUGUAUUGUUUGGUUCAUGUAUAGAAGGUGUGAUAUUAAGAGAUAAGUUUGGAGAAGCAGUUAAUGGAAACCUAGUGAUUGGUACGUUGGCAUGGCCUUCUCCGUGGGUAAUUGUAAUUGGUUCAUUCUUCUCUACAUGUGGUGCUGGUCUACAGAGUCUUACUGGUGCACCCCGGCUGUUGCAGGCUAUUGCAAGAGAUGGCAUAAUACCAUUUCUUCAAAUAUUUGGUCAUGGAAAAGCAAAUGGUGAACCAACCUGGGCAUUACUUCUCACUGCUUGUAUUUGUGAGAUAGGAAUUCUCAUAGCUUCGCUGGAUAGCGUAGCACCAAUUCUUUCAAUGUUUUUCCUAAUGUGCUAUAUGUUUGUGAACUUGGCCUGUGCAGUGCAAACUCUUUUAUGCACUCCAAACUGGAGACCUCGUUUCAAGUACUACCAUUGGGCUCUUUCAUUCCUGGGGAUGAGUUUAUGUUUUGCCUUGAUGUUCAUUUGCUCUUGGUACUAUGCUUUGAUUGCCAUGCUAAUUGCAGGAUGUAUUUACAAGUACAUAGAAUAUAGAGGAGCUGAAAAAGAGUGGGGUGAUGGAAUCAGGGGGUUAUCCUUGAAUGCAGCUCGCUAUGCUUUACUUCGGGUUGAACAUGGUCCUCCUCACACGAAAAACUGGAGACCUCAAGUCUUGGUUUUGUUGAAUUUGGACUCGGAACAGGUGGUUAAACACCCUAGAUUGCUUUCUUUCACCUCUCAGUUGAAGGCUGGUAAAGGAUUGACUAUUGUGGGCUCUGUACUUCAGGGAAUCUACUUGGACAAAUACAUAGAAGCUCAAAAAGCUGAAGAGAAUAUUAAAUCCUUAAUGGGGGUAGAAAAGACCAAAGGAUUUUGCCAGAUCGUGGUAUCUCCCACUUUCAGAGAUGGAAUGUCUCAUUUGAUUCAGUCUGCUGGUCUGGGAGGGAUGACACAUAAUACAGUCCUGAUGGCCUGGCCACAGUCAUGGAAACAGACCGAUAAUCCUUUCUCAUGGAAAAAUUUUGUUGAUACAGUCCGAGAAACAACAGCGGCACAACAAGCUCUACUGGUCGCUAAAAACAUUGAUUUGUUUCCAACAAAUCAAGAGCGCUUUUCUGAAGGGAACGUAGAUGUGUGGUGGAUUGUUCAUGAUGGUGGCAUGCUGAUGUUGCUUCCUUUCCUGCUUCGACAGCACAAGGUGUGGAGAAAAUGCAAAAUGCGUAUCUUCACUGUUGCCCAAAUGGAUGACAACAGUAUUCAAAUGAAAAAGGACCUUCAGAUAUUUUUGUAUCAUCUUCGACUUAAUGCUGAGGUGGAGGUUGUUGAAAUGUUUGAAAAUGAUAUUUCAGCAUUCACAUAUGAGAAGACUCUUAUGAUGGAGCAGAGAUCUCAGAUGUUAAAACAGAUGCAGCUGUCCAAGAAUGAAAGGGAAAGAGAGGCUCAGUUAAUACAUGACAGAAACACGGCAUCCCAUUCAGCAGCGGUUGCUAAGUGUGAUACUGUUGCUGCUACACCUGAAAAAGUGCAAAUGACCUGGACUAAAGAAAAGUUUAUAGCUGAAAAGCACAAAAAUAGAGAAACAAAUAUAACAGGUUUUAAAGAUAUCUUCAACAUGAAGCCAGAAUGGGGAAAUCUGAAUCAGUCAAAUGUGAGAAGAAUGCACACUGCUGUGAAGCUCAAUGGAGUCAUAUUAAAUAAAUCACAAGAUGCUCAGCUAGUUUUAUUGAAUAUGCCUGGACCUCCUAAAAACAAAAAAGGGGAUGAAAACUACAUGGAGUUUUUGGAAGUUUUGACAGAAGGUCUGAACAGAGUUCUCUUAGUGCGAGGUGGUGGACGUGAAGUGAUCACCAUUUACUCCUAAUGCUGUUACAGAAUAUGAAAAGAUUAACUGCGGUAAUUUGAACAGUUGAAAUGAAAUUACCUGUGUACUUGAAAUGAUGCACCAGCUGAAUCUUCUGAUCAUGUGUUUUGCUUUCUUUCAAAGUAACCUAUCUGAAAUUAUUUACUACAUAGGUUUAUCAUUAAAGAAGAAAUUUAUAUAUUGUAGUAUUAAAUAAAUGCUGAAUAUCAGGAGGGUAUUUUUUUAAGCAAUCUUGGUGUGAGAUCCAAGAAGGGAAAUGUAAUUUUUAUGGUAGAUGAAGUAACUAAUGUUUUAAAUGUGCAUAAUCAGAGAAAAAACAGACAUCUGCAUUUUUAGUAACAUUAAUUGUAUUAUUUUGCUCCUCCAAAAGGAUUAUUAAAUUAUGUUAAAACCUUCCAAGUUUAUAAACAAAAUAUGAAAUAUUUCAGACAAGAAACCCUCGUCUUUUUAUUUUGUCCUCUUGACAAAUGCUGCUGUGGUGCAUCUGUAACUGUUGUGAUCACAGUUUCAAUCUUCGGUCUCCUGGUUCAUAUUGAUUCAGAAAUAUGUACAAACAUUUGACAUAUUUAAUUAUUUGACAUAAAAGGAAUUUGAAGGAAUUACCUGUUUUCAAAAUUGGUUAAAUAAAAAUUCACAAAUUAGCCAUUACUAACUACUAUAAUUCUUUGCAUGGUGACAAGUAUCCAGGGGUAGCCAUGUUUGUAGCCACAAAAACAAAAAUGAGUCCAGUAGAAAGAAAAGGAGUACUUGUGGCACCUUAGAGACUAACAAAUUUAUUUGAGCAUAAGCUUUUGUGAGCUACAGCUCACUUCAUCGGAUGCAUUCAGUCGAGUCCAGUGACACCUUAAAGACUAACAUAUGAAGACACACAUAUGGUCUGAAGAACUUCUGCCUUGAAAUCUGAAAUCAGCUUAAGCCCUAAUCCGUUUUCCUCUGCAGUCUUCAUACCCCAUACUCAUUUUGUGUUGGAGCUGAAUGUAUAAAUAUUAAGCUGAUGCUAAAUAAUUUGUUUGGGAGUGGGAUGUGGGGGUGGUCUUUUGAAAUUAAAAAUUUGCUAGUGUGAAAUGUUAGACUUGAGCCGCGGGCCCUCAUCUGUGUAUGGCAGUGUGACGUUAGAGCUGGCCUCACAC